AUGGAUUUGUAAGAACAAUUGAAUUAAUAAGAUCAAGCUAUCAAAUUAUUAGAAUAAGAAAGAGAUACCUUUAACCAAAAAAAAAAUGAAUUAUUAAUUAAUCAAAUUGCAUUAGAAAAAGAAAUUACUAGAUAAAAAACUAAUAUUGCUAAUUAUGAAGCAGAACUUAUUGAAUUACAUAAAGAAAGAAAAUCUUGUGAUGAAUAAAUUCAAAAGUCUUAAAUUUAAAUUGAAUCUUAUGAAUAAUAAAUUACUUUACUUAAUGAAGAUCUUAAAAAAGUCACCAUCUAAUGUGAUGAAGCUUUACAAUAACUUUAAUAAAUACAAACUAGACAUGAAAUUGAAAUUAAAACUCUUGCUGAUUAAUUAAUCAAUGAAAAAGAAAAAAAUAACGAACUCAAUGAAGAAAAUCUACUUAUUAUUAAUGGUAAAUAAAAUGAAAUUUAUUUACUAAAUUAAAAACUCAAUAAACUUGAAGAACUAAUUCAAACUAAUCUUAAUAAUUAUUAAAUUGAAAUUUUAUAGCUAAACAAACAAAUAGAAUAAACUAAAAUAGAUAAAGAUGAUGAAUGGGAAUAAACUGUCAAAAUUUUGUAAAAUGAAAUUGAUGAUUUAAAUAAAACAUUAUAUGAAAAUCAAUAAAAUAACAAAUUUCAAUCAAAAAUUGAUGAAUUAAAUUAAUAUAUCAUUGAAUAAGAACAAUAAUACAUGAUCUAAUUUGAAAUACAAGAAGAUAAAAUGAAAAAAUCACAACAUGAAAUUUAAAUUCUAAAUGUUCAAAUUAAUGAAUUAUAAAAAAUAAUUGAAAAUUAAAAUCGAGAAUUAUCUACACUUAAGUAAGAAUUAAUUCAAAAAAAAGAAAAUUGUUAAACACUGACAAAUUAAUUAGAUAAUCUAUAAUAAUAAUUAUAAUAGUAAUAAUAGUAAUAGUAAUCAUAAUAAUAGUAAUAAUAAUAACAAUAGUAAUAAUAAUAGUAAUAGUAAUAAUAGUAAUAAUAAUAAUAGUAAUAGUAAUAGUAAUAGCAAUAAUAGUAAUAAUAAUAAUAGUAAUAGUAAUAGUUAUAGUAAUAGUAAUAAUAACAAUAAUAAUAAUAAUAGUAAUAAUAAUAGUAAUAGCUAUAUUAGUAAAAAUAGUCAUAAUAGCAAAAUUAAAAUAAUAGUAAUCAGCAAGGUUUAAAUAAUAAUACUGCCGAAAAAAUGGUUACAAUCCCAAUGAAAGAAUUAUUAACUUGGGAUAAAAGAUCAAAAGAUUAAUAAAAUCAAAUUAAGGCAUUAUCAAAUGAAAUUUAAUUGUUGAAAAACUAACAAGAAGAAUAAUAGAAAAUAUAGAAUUCUAAAUAAAUGAAAUGUAAUCUUUCAUUAGAAGGAAUGGUUUAAAAAUGUACAGCUUUAUAAUAGAUUAUUGAUGAAACAAGUUAGCAAAAUUCGAAAAUAACAUAAGAAUUAAAUACUUAUAAAUUAUAAAAUCAAUAACUUAAAGAUGACUUCCACAAUAUUUAACAAGAAUUAAAAGAAUUAAGAAUGAUAGCCUAAGAUAAAUUUAAAUUAGAAGGAGAGCUAGCCUCUGCACAUAUUUAAAUUUCUGAAAACAAGGACUUAAUGAAAGUAAUAUAAAUAUAUGCUAAAAAAAUAGAAAUUAAAUGAACUUUCAUCCAACUAUGAAAAUAAGGAGGAGUAAUUAGAAACAACAAAAAAAAAUUUACGAUAAAGUGAACAACUUAGAAACAAUGUAUAUCCCGUCAUUUAUUAUAGUUACAAACAAAGUUAGAUGAAACUACUAUAUUAUAUUAGAAGGCAACAUAAGAAUUAACAAAUACAAAAUAAGAAAGAGAUUAAAAAAUUAUUAAAUUGAAGGAUUUAGAAAAGCUUUUAUAAUCAUAAUUCUAAGAAUAUUCACAUCUGGAAUAAAAAUAUAAAGAAUCAUAAAUAAAUUGUGAAGAUUGGUAAAGCUAAGUUAAAAUAUUGGAAAAGAAAUAUUCUCAUGUAAUUUAAUUAAUCAUUAAAUUAGGAAACAGAAUAAUUAAAAGAUGAUUGUCAUUAAAAAUAAAAAUAAAUAUAAGUUCUUGAAGAAUCAAAUAAAUGUUUAAUUAAUGACCUAUAGGCUUUAAGAGAAUUAUAAUUCAGAUAAAAGGCACCUGAAACUCCUCUAACAAAAAAAGAAAGAAUUGUAGUUGAAUCUCUUUCAUUAAGAGUACAAGAACUUGAAUUGGAGAAUAGAAAAAUAAGAGAUAGUUUAUGUGCUAGAAUUGUUUAAUUAUAGAAUGAAUUAGAAUAGAAAACUAAUUACAUAAAUCAAAUUGCCCAUUAAAUUUCGAAAUAAGUUCCAUCUUUAUAAGAAUAAGAUCUUUUAGAUAAAGAGGAUAUAAAAAUGAUAUAACAGAUAAAAAAAAAACUUAAUAUUUAAGAAAUAUUAGAAGUAUCAAAUAUUCUAAAAAAUAGAAAACCCUUAUAGAAAAUUUGUAGCUUAGGGAUUAGAUAAAGCUUUUAGGAACAGAAAUCAAUAAAAGAAAAUGACUCUUAUUAUUUUUUAUAUAUUAU